AUGUUCCAGUCACCGGCGCCACCGGAGUUCCUGUCGCGGCCGGGACAGCGUCCUGGGAGCUGGCGACAAUGGUACGAGGACUUCCUGGUCUUCGCUGAGGCCAGCGGGUGGUUGGACUGGACGGACGGUCGUCGGACAGCGUUCCUGUUGACAGCAGUCGGAGCGGAGGCACGUCGACUCUACCGAGCUGCUGCUUCAGCUACCAAGCAGGAGAACAUCGAACCUGGAACAGUGUCGUGCCCGUACUAUGAUGCCUUCAUUGAGAUGAAGCGUGUCAGGAUGCUGGUUGACACCGGCUCGGCGGUCAGCAUCGUCCCAGCGAGGACGUACUGGCAGCUCUUCAGUCACGUCCCUCUCCGUCCUGCGGGUAAGCUCGCCCAGUGGAACGGCAGCGGCAUUAAGGUGCUGGGUAAGAUGUCAGCUGACGUCACAGGACCGGACCAGCUCUCCGUUCCAGCGGAACUGUACGUGGCGGUGGGUGAUGUACCGAUCAUGGGCCGUGAUCUCCAGCAUCAGCUCGGAGUCACGGUGAGCCGUGGCAGUGUCGUCUGCCAGGUGAAGCAGGAUCAGGUGCUGCCAGCCAUCAAGGGAUUCAUCCACAAGGUGCGUCUGAUUCCCGGAGCUGUGCCCAGCACGCCACACCUGAGGACUCUACCGUACGCUGUGAGGCAGGAGGUCAGUGACCAUCUGGAGUCCCUGGAAGCCCAAGGAGUCAUCGAGAAGGUACCCUGUGGCUCUUCGCCCUGGUUGUCUCCGAUUGUCGUGGUCCGGAAGCGAGGAGGUGAGGGCCUGAGGAUCUGUCUCGAUCUGACGGCGGUGAACAAAGCCAUUGUCGCAAACGGCUACCCCAUCCCUCCGAUGCAGGAGAUGCUGGACAAGCUCCGAGGUGCCAAGGUGAUGUCCAAGCUCGACAUGAAGUCAGCCUAUCAUCAACUGGAGCUGCACGAGGAGUCCAGGAACCUCACUGCUUUCGUGCAUGAGGGUCAGACCUGGAGGUACAAGCGGUGCUGCUUUGGGCUCAAAAGUCUUCCGCAGUGUUUCCAGAAGCUCAUGGAGACUGUUCUGCAAGGCAUCCCUGGUGUUCAAGUCUACCUGGAUGACGUACUGGUCACAGCGCCCACCCGUGCAGAGCACGACGCGAGGCUCAGCACCGUCAUGAAGCGGCUGAAGGACUACGACAUCACGCUAAACAGGGAAAAGUGUCUGCUAGGUGUUGUGUCGCUGGAGUUCCUGGGGUUCGUCGUGUCGGAGCGUGGGAUCGAAAUCUCACCAGAUCGGGUCCAAGGUCUUCGAGACAUGGGACAACCCCAGAACACCAAGGAGCUCCAGGCUGCACUGGGGUCCCUCGCGUUCUACAGCAAGUUCGUGCCCAACUUCAGCUCUCGGGUAGAACCUCUGCGGCAGCCGCUGAGGAAAGACGCCCCAGCCUUCCGAUGGACGGAGGAGAUGACAGCUGCGCUGGAGGAUGUGAAGUCGGCGAUCCUGAACUCGUCUGCGCUGGCACCGUUCGACCCCAGUCUGCAGACGUUCGUCACGACCGACGCCAGCGACGUUGGUCUCGGGGCCGUUCUCUCACAGAUCCACCCAGAUGGAGAGAGAGUGGUGGCAUUCGCCUCCAGCACGCUCAGCGCAGCACAGCGCAAGUACAGCGUAACUGACAGAGAGGGCCUGGCAUGCGUCUGGGCGUGUCAGAAGUGGCACAAGUACCUGUGGGGCAAGGAGUUCGUUUUGCGGACGGACCACGCUGCCCUUCGCUCUCUGCUGUCUGCCAAGGGCAUCGGUCGGGCCAGUAUGCGAAUGUCUCGCUGGGCCGUCAAGCUGAUGAACUAUGCGUUUCAGGUUCAGCACAUCGAGGGGAAGUUGAACCAGGCUGAUGGCAUCUCACGCCUUCCCGGCAGUCAUGGGGUUGCAGAAGACGAGGACCAGCUGGUCGCAGCCCUGGAGGAGAUGAUGCCGGCGGUGAGCAGCGCUGAUAUCGCCGCAGCAGGCCUUGAAGAUGACGAGGUCAAGGCGCUGAUCUCGCAGAUCCCACAGCGCUGGCCGUCGAAACUGAGGGAGGUGCCGCCUGUGCUGAAGCCCUACUUCAGGUACAGGAACGAGCUGAGCAUCGAGAAGGGUGUGGUGUUCAGAGGUGAGAGGAUACUUGUUCCUUCUGCCCUCAGAACCCGCGUGGUGACAGUUGCCCACGAAAGCCAUCCCGGGAUAGUGCGCACGAAGCAGCGUCUGCGCGCAGUCUUCUGGUGGCCAGGGAUGGACGGCGAGGUGGAGACAGCCGUCAAGAACUGUCCCACCUGCUCUGUUGCGGACAAGUCGACCAAGACGUCCAGGACGCCUCUCAUCCCGGUCUCGCUGCCUACUGCGCCGUGGGACAAGGUGGGAGUGGACUUCAUUGGUCCGAUGCAGGGUCCGGCAAAUCAGAGGUACGGCAUAGUGCUCACAGACUACUACUCCAAGUGGCCGGAGGUGGCGUUUGUAUCAGAGCCAAGUACAGACGCCGUGAUUGACUUCCUGAAGUCAGUGGCGACCAGAGAAGGCUGGCCGAAAGAGCUGGUGAGUGAUAAUGGAACCCAUUUCACGUCAGCACGGUUUGCAUCGUUCUUGCAGGCUAACGGGAUCAAACACAUCAAGGUGUCCCCGUAUCACCCAGCAGGUUCCGGAGCUGUGGAACGCUUCAACCGCAGUCUGAAGUCUGCCAUCCAGAUAGGUGAGCAGCAGAAAGCAGACAGGCGGCGGCACGUUCAGCAGUUCCUGAUGGUGUACCGGGCGACGCCGCACGCCACGACGGGACGCAGCCCGUCAGAGCUGCUGCACGGACGCCAGCUGCGGACGUCACUGGAGAACGCCGUGGUGCAGAGCAGUGACUGCAGAGGUGACGGCGCCAUCCAACAGCACGUCCGGAAGAAGCAGCGAAAGAUGAAGCGGUAUCAUGACCGAACGGCAAGGAAGCCCGACAUAAAGGCGGGCGAGAACAGGCUGACGAGCCUGAUCUGCUUCCUGACGACGCCGGCGGCGGCGCCGAGACUGUCGGCGUGGAGACAGCCGACUGCCGGAAAUGCCUCUAACGUCGACGUCGAGGACGCCGGAAACAUGGAGGGCCCGUACCGCACGCGAGCGGGACGGGCAACGAGGCGCUGGUGGAGAUGA